AUGGCGGGAGAGGGCAGUCUGGGGGAUUUCCUGGCGUCGCUUCUACCCAAGGGAAAAGCUGAAUUGGCAGACAAGGCGCUGAAAGCUUUGCUGAAAGGGGGCAUCGAUGAAGUGGAUCAAUUGCGUACGUUCUCUUGUGCAGAGCUUCAUCUGUGUGGAGUGCCCUUGCUGCUAGCCAAGAAUGUGAGCAAGUUCUUCGCUCAGUUAAAUGGAGACCGGUCCAGCUACUUCGAGUCGGAUGCGUAUCGCCGGCUCAAAAACUCCACGCCUUCGCAUCUUGCCUUGGAUUCCGCUGAGUUCACGCUGGAGCAUCAGAUGAAGAAGCCGCCGGUCUUCAUGAACUACCGCCCAGACACAGCACAGGGCCUGCCCUUGCCUCUCAUCUCUCCCGUCUUCGCCAACUUCCUCGAUUCGUGCCAGGAAACCGAGGUCCGUCCACAGGAUUCAGCGUUUGUGGAUGAGCUAUGCCGUGAGUCGUCCAAGGCGUAUGCUGACGAGCAACAGAGGCGCCUUAUGCUGCUCAAGCUGCUGGAGAAGUACCUGGAUGACAAGUUCGUGCUCGAGAAGACCAAGUCCGGCAUUGCAAUCUCUUGCGGUGGACGGCUUUUGGCGUUCGUUGCAGUGAGGAACGAGCAAGGGUGCGGAGGAGAUCCUUUCAUCCAAGCAUGCAGGUACUAUGUCGAUCACCUUGCUGCCAAUGUGGACGAUGAGAUGCUUGGGCGUGGCUGCUGUCCAGUCUUCCUGCUGGAGGUUGUCGGUCCUCUACUCCGGAUUUCCGGUGCAGCGUUUACCGAUGGUCCCGUCAUGGAGCCCCUGCGAAUGGGACUUCUCCUCCGCAGGAGGAACGCCGGCGAGAUGGAUUCUCUGUGCAGGAUGGUGGUCGCUCUUCGCAAAUCACUGCAGUCACUCGCCUCGAUCAGUAUCCAAGCAUUGAAACUGGAUCUUGCAGGAGCCAAGCUCCCGUAUGUGUUGCAAGAGCUCCACUUGCGGGGGGCGCAAGUGGAUACGAUCAUUUACGGGGAGACUUACGUUGUCCAUGUAGAGCGGCUGCAGCAUGAAGUUCCAGAGCCUCCGUCCUCCUCCAUGUCCGCGUUCGCAAGGAUUCAGCACCUGGGCGUCGGGAAGAUCUUCGUCAAGUUUUGCCAGCGCUACGGCAGCCAAGUUCACAGGGACUGGUUUGAGCGAGGCUGCGCGCCGCAGCUCUUCGACACCUUGAGCUUGGGAGGUGGCUGGCUGAUGGUGUGCAUGGAGUACAUGGAGAACUACAUCGAUCUUGAGAAGGCGAGGGAAAUGUUUCAGUCGCAGUGGAGUGAGAUUCAAGCUCUGGCACAGCGUUGCUUGGACAAAGCACAAAACUCGGCUUUUCAAGGCGUGCAUGGUGAUUUGAGGCUGCCCAACUUGAUGGUUGAUCCACAGCUUUCAAGAGUCGUCGCUGUGGAUUUCGGAUGGGCUGGGAGAGACGGCAUUGACAGGUAUCCUUACUACAUGAACCAUGCUGACAUUGCUUGGCCUGAUGGAGCGUUAGAUGGCGCUGUGAUGAGACGCGAGCAUGACCGGGUGCUAUUGUCCUCGCAGCUGGCGCUCCAAAGGAAGAGAAAGUUAGCGGACGCCUUUAACGAUUCUACGUUGUUUCAGCUCACUAGAUCUAAAUUGAUGUCUUUAAAUUGA